AUGUCAUCCCUCCUUUCUUGCAAGAGAUGUUCAGGUGAUGGCGAAGAGCAGAUGCUGCUGGCAGAAGAUAGGCCAGAUUUGAUUGAGUCUCUUGACUCCACAUGCAACCACAGCAGUAACAACAGAAUUUGCUUAGGAAGUGCUCAUUGCCAAGAGAAGGAAAGAGAAUGCCUGUCAGCCCACGAGAGCCUGGAUUAUUUGCCUUCACACAGCAAAGUUUACGAGAAAUGGCUACAGGGACAAACCUACAGAAUGGACUGGGAUCGGUGGCUGUUGAUGGGACUGAUUGGAAUAAUAGUUGGAACUCUGGGUUUCCUGAUCCAUCAAAUAAUUGAUUAUCUCAUCAACCUGAAAUGGGAACUGGUGGAAAACUACAUUCAGAAAGGCAACUUUCACAUGACCUGGAUCUGCAUACUUGGAAUUGGACUGGCUAUGAUAAUUGUAUCAUCAGGAUUGGUUGUGUUCUUUUGUCCAACGGGCGCACCAAGUGGGCUACCAGAAGUCAUUGGAUUCCUGAAUGGUGCUUCUAUUCAGCACAUUUUUAAUAUCAGGACUUUUGGGGGAACAUUUGGCUCUUGUGUUUUAGCUGUGGCGUCCGGACUCUUCUGUGGGCCAGAAGGUCCCAUGAUUCACUUGGGUGCAAUAAUAGGAUAUGGACUGAGCCAGUUCAAGUCAGAGAUCCUUGGAAUUCAUCUUCCCUCCUUCACCAGAUUUUGGAAUUCAGCUGACAAGAGGAAUUUUGUUACAGCGGGUGCAGGAGCCGGGAUUGCCUCUGUAUUCCAUGCUCCAGUGGGUGGACUUCUAUUUACAUUAGAGGAAGUAGCCUCUUUCUGGGAUAUCAAAUUGGCCUGGCAAACCUUCUUCUGCUGUUUGAUGGCUGCUUUUACCACAGAUUUACUCUCCUCUUCUCUCAGUGGAUUUGUCUACAGGGGUCAAUUUGGAUUUUUCAAAGCUGAGAAGAGGAUUUUAUUUUGGGUUAAGAACUUACUGGAUAUGAGUGUGUUGGCCUUCGUUCCAGCCAUUUUCCUUGGAAUACUUGGCGGCCUUUUAGGUGCUUUCUUUGUUUUCCUGAAUAUAAAGAUUAAUAAAUUACGUAUGCAGUUCUUCAGCACAAUUCCAAAAGUGUCUCUCAGAAAAACAGCAAAGCUGUUAGAAUCUGUGCUGGUUCUUGUUUUGACCAUUACUGUGACUGUCUACUUGCCAUAUUUCUUCCACUGUACUCCCAGCAAAGUCCUGCCAACGUUUGAUCCAGCUAGUAAGUCAGAAAACAUAAGCCAAGUGGGGUGGCAAAUUUCAGAAUAUAAUUGUCCACCGGCAACAUUACAGAUUGGGCCAGAUAUAGUGAAAUAUUCCAACCAAACCUUUAAUGAAGCUGCUGCCCUCUUGGCUGAACAUGGCAUGAGAGGAAUCAUGUACUUAUUCAGACGUGGGACACAUGAGGAAUUUGGAUAUGGCUCUCUUUUCACAGCACUGGUAUUUUAUUUCCUGUUGUCCUGCUUGACUGCAGGUUCUGCUGUGGCCAGUGGUUUGGUUAUACCUAUGCUGUAUAUAGGAGCCCUAUAUGGCCGGAUCGUUGGUCUGACAUUGGUUUCCAUUUUGGGGAUUCAGACUGAUGAACAUGGCACAUGGAUUGAUCCAGGACUGUUUGCUGUGGUUGGAGCUGCUUCUUUUUUCAGUGGUGUUUCAAGGCUCACUAUCUCCCUCACAGUCCUAAUGGUAGAGAUCACCAAUGAUGUACAGUCCUUGUUACUCAUCAUGCUGGCUGUCAUGUUAGCCAAAAUGGUUGGUGACUGGUUUAACAUGUCUCUGUACAGUUCUUUACUGAAGCUGAAGUGCAUUCCCUACUUGGAUGCUGAGCCCUCUGUUUGCCUCAGGAAAAACUGGUUAAAUCUGGAAUUGUUUGCUGCCAGAGAUGUCAUGAAGCCUUGUGUCAGAGUCCUCCACUUAAAGGAAAACAUUGCUUUCUUGGCUCAGGUCCUUGCCAACACCAGCCAUAGUGGAUUCCCAGUGGUUUACAAAUCUGAGCCAGAUCAAGCAGAGGUAUUCCUGGGAACAAUUACAAGGCUUGAACUCUGUGUGUUACUGGAGAAUGAAGCCAUCUUUGAAACAGAGGCUAUGGAAGAUUCUCCAUUGUGUCCUCCUCUUCUUUCCUACCAGAAGCUCAGAGUUGAAAAAUUACCUGACCAGCAACAGAUGACCACAUUGUUGGGUUGCUAUAGUACAGACCCUCAGUAUCAGCAGCUCUUCAUCAAUCUGGAGCCAUACAUAAACAAAUCAGCAGUGUCCGUUCAAGCUCAUUUCUCACUGCAGCGUGCAUACAUCAUCUUUCGCUCUCUGGGCCUUCGCCACCUGACAGUUGUUGAUUUGCAGAACCAAGUUGUUGGGAUAAUCACCAGGAAAGAUCUGAUGUCUUUCCAGCUGGAAGAGAAACUGGGACUCCAGCAGGCAUCACAUCAGCCUCAUUUGGAUGAGGAGCUUUUAGACUAGGAAGAAAUCUGAAUGGGAAAUGCUUCUCAAGCAUUAGCAAUUUGAAUUUUUGAAAAAAGACAACCUGCAUGCUUCUUAACAAAAGAGGAAAACAGAUGUGUUUCCUUGAGUAAUAAGGGGGUCUGAAAAU